AUGCAAAGACCCCUUGUUGCCGUCGUUGGCGCCACAGGCACAGGCAAAUCCAAGCUUGCAGUUGAUAUCGCUUCCCGAUAUAAUGGCGAAAUCAUCAACGGCGAUGCGAUGCAAAUGUACCGCGGCUUGCCCAUCAUCACGAACCAGAUCCCUGUCGAAGAACGCAACGGUAUACCGCAUCAUCUGAUAAGUUGCAUCGAUCUGGAGCAGGAGCCAUGGCGGAUCAACUUCUUUCGAACCGAAUGUUUACGCCUUGUCGAUGAUAUCUAUGCGCGCGGGAAACUCCCAAUCCUUGUUGGGGGCACACAUUACUAUACCCAGUCAGUGUUGUUCCAGGAUCAACUGGUGGAAAAGGAGUCGGUAUCAUCGGAUGACGAAAGCGAGUUGUGUCCAGCAGAGGAUGUCGACUCCGCGGUAAAGUGGCCUAUUCUCGAUGCGGAGCCGGAGGUGGUUAUGGAGAAAUUGCGAGAGGUCGAUCCUGCCAUGGCGGACCGUUGGCAUCCGAAAGAUACGCGCAAGAUUCGACGGUCAUUGGAAAUCUUCUUUCAGACAGGCAGGCCGGCCUCACAAGUGUAUGCUGAGCAACGGUGGUUGAAGCAAGCCGCCAGGGAGAAUAAUAGUUCUGCCCCUGGCCCUGGACAGCUUCGGUGCAAUACCAUCAUAUUCUGGGUCCACUCAGAAAAGUCUAUCCUAAAUGAGCGUUUGAAUAAACGUGUGGAUGUCAUGGUUGAACAAGGACUAAUGUCCGAAGCAAGAACCAUGUCGGACUAUAUUCGGGAGAAAGCUGCUCAGGGGGUUACCGUGGACCAGACACGAGGUGUAUGGAUUUCCAUUGGUUUCAAAGAACUGGCGCCGUAUCUUGAAGCACUCGAUAAUGGGUCUUUGGAUGAAAAGAAACUGGAAGCCCUCAAACAGGAAUGUAUCGAGCGAGUCAAGACUGCCACACGUCAGUAUGGAGGGUCACAAGUUAAGUGGAUCCGCAAUAAAUUAUGGACUGCACUUGCAGAUGCAGGGAUGGUCAACCGACUUUAUCUAUUGGAUAGCACCGACGUUGAGAAGUGGAUGGAAAACAUUACCGAACCGUCAGACCGUCUUGUCGCGGCGCUAUUAAAACACGAGCCCCUUCCUGACCCCAAGUCGCUCUCGGAGCUGGCAAGAAGGACCCUAGAGGCAAAGGAAGCAGAGCCAGCACCAGUGGAUCCAAGCACCGCAAAAACCAUUACCUGUGAUGUUUGCCGCAGAAUAUUAACAAACGAGAGGGAAUGGAACAUCCAUAUCCACGGAGGUGCUCAUAAAAGGGCUGUCAGGAGUCAAGCAAGAAGGGCAGCACGGGAUGCGUAUCUACUACAGAAACGACAAGAAAGUCCACAAAGUGGCCACGCAGUUUCACAGGACGGUUCUAGUCCAUUCUGA